AAUAUACGGAACGACACCCGUCACAAAUUUUGAAUUUGGCGCCAUUCUCGAAGCUUCUCGUCCUGAACAUUCUAGAUGUACGCGCAAGGCAGGCUGGGUAGAGACGCCAUCUUGCCAGCGGACGACGAAGAACCGGAAUCAUGAAUGCACCCAUCAUCCUCCUGAAGGAGGGGACUGACACGUCCCAGGGGAUCCCACAGAUAGUCAGCAACAUCAAUGCCUGUCAAGUCAUCGUGGACGCCGUGCGGACCACCCUGGGGCCCAGGGGCAUGGACAAGAUGAUCGUCGACAAAAGGGACAAGGCCACCAUUUCCAAUGAUGGUGCCACUAUCAUCAAGUUGUUGGAUAUUGUCCAUCCGGCAGCCAAAACACUUGUCGACAUUGCCAGGUCACAAGAUGCAGAGAUCGGAGACGGCACCACAUCUGUGACACUGCUAUCAGGUGAGCUGCUGAAGCAGAUGAAGCCAUUUGUAGAGGAGGCGGUCCAUCCUCAGAUCAUCUGUAAGAGCGUCCGCACCGCUGCCUCAAUGGCUAUUGACAAAAUCCGCGAGAUUGAAAUAAAGGUGAAACGAGACGACCCUGGUGAACAGCGGAGACUACUUGAGAAGUGUGCAGCGACUGCCCUGAGCUCCAAGCUGAUUGCCCAUCAGCAGGUGUUCUUUGCCAAGAUGGUGGUGGAUGCUGUGAUGAUGUUGGACGAGCUGCUGCCAGUCAACAUGAUUGGCAUGAAGAAGGUGACCGGUGGCGGACUGGAGGACACCAUGUUGGUAGAAGGAGUGGCCUUCAAGAAGACGUUUUCCUACGCUGGGUUUGAGAUGCAGCCCAAGUCGUACGAGAGCCCGCUGAUCGCCCUCCUCAACAUCGAACUGGAGCUGAAAUCUGAGAAGGAGAACGCUGAAGUCAGAGUGGACACAGUAGAGGAAUAUCAGAACAUAGUGGACGCAGAGUGGAACAUCCUGUACCAGAAACUAGAGAAGAUCCACCAGAGUGGAGCUAAGGUGGUCCUGUCCAAACUGCCAAUCGGUGACGUGGCCACGCAGUAUUUUGCAGACAGGGACCUGUUCUGUGCAGGGCGCGUCCCGGAGGAAGAUAUGAAACGCACCAUGAAAGCCUGUGGGGGGUCCAUCCAGACAUCCGUACACAACCUGACGGAAGACGUGCUGGGAAAGUGUCGGAUGUUUGAAGAGAAGCAGAUAGGUGGAGAGAGGUACAAUCUCUUCACCGGCUGCCCUCUAGGCAAGACCUGUACCAUUAUCAUGCGGGGAGGGGCAGAACAGUUUAUUGAGGAGACGGAGCGCUCGCUUCACGAUGCCAUCAUGAUCGUCCGCGGGGCCCUAAAACACGAUUCAGUCGUGGCAGGAGGAGGAGCUAUAGAGAUGGAACUGAGCCGACACCUGCGGGACUACUCCCGCACCAUCGCUGGCAAGCAGCAGCUGCUCAUCGCCGCCUUCGCCAAGGGUCUGGAAGUCAUUCCCCGCCAGCUCUGCGAGAACGCCGGGUUUGAUGCCACCAACAUUCUCAACAAACUGCGCCACAUGCACGCCAGAGGAGGGACAUGGUACGGAGUGGACAUCGACUCUGAGGACAUCAGGGACAACUAUGAGGCGUGUGUGUGGGAGCCGUCCCUGGUCAAGGUCAACGCCAUCACGGCCGCCUCGGAAGCCUGCUGCCUCAUCCUGUCCGUAGACGAAACGAUAAAGAGCCCCAGCCGCACGACAAACGACGGGCCGGCGCCCCCCAGGGGCAGGGGGAGAGGCAGACCCAUGUAAAGGACACUGGAGACAUUUGUUUGCAUGUUUGUGUGUUUUUCAUUCUUUCCACUUUGCACAGCUCUUCUUUUUCCUUCUUUACUGCGACAUCCGUUGUCAUCAAUAUUUGGUGUUUUUGUACGUGUAUACUAGUUGACGGUACAGGUUUGAACCAUGUGCUGUCAUUCUCCAAAAUGAAUAUUGUUAAGGAUUAGCAAAUUUGUAAUGAAAUGGUUAAGAAUUGUAUGCAGGUUCGGAUGUUAAAAGAAGGACGUCUCAAUCGUGAGCAUUAUGCAACACAGCUGUCAGAUGUUACCAGUUCAACUGUGGGAUCAUAUGUUGAUGUACAUUGUAUCUUACAUCGGAUGAAAAUUUGGCAAACUACCUGAAUGGCAAGGUCCUAUUUAUGUGUGGCAGGAAGAUAUAGAAUGCUGUGGAAUUUUGAGUAUUACAUGAAAUUGUAGUUAAUAAAAAGCAA